AUGAGCGAAGCUGAUUGGGAUAAUGUUACUGUAAUUCGAAAGCGCGCUGAGCAUGCCAAAGUCACAAAAGGUGACGCUGCGAUUAAUGCAGCUCGUCGCGCGGGAGCAGUCGUUGGGAUAGAACGUAAAGUUUCUGGUGGAACUAAUAAAGCUCAUACUAGCACCGAUCAUCAAAAGAUUGCAAAGCUUGAUCGGGAGAAUGAUGUUGCACCACCGCCAAAAAUUAGUUUGUCAGUUGGAAAAGCCAUUCAACAAGCUAGACAAGCUAAGGGUCUUACACAGAAAGAUCUAGGCCAGAAAAUUAAUGAAAAAGCAAAUAUU